AUGCUGUUUUUCAUUGUAUUAUCGUUGUUAUCAACUGUUCUUUCAGCGCGGGAACCGAAACCGGUCACUCUAGCUAACCAAGGCACAAUAUCUGGAAUGUAUAUCACGAGAUUUCGGACGCGGAGGAUCGCAGCGUAUCUCGGUAUCCCGUAUGCCCAGCCUCCAGUUGAAUUUAGAAGAUUCAGCCCUCCAGAGUACACGGAUUUGCCACAGUGGGAAGGUGUGAGAAACGCGACAGCAUUCGCGCCGGACUGUAUGCAGAGUGAUCCUAAGAAAGAGGACGUCCUGAAUCCACUGAACCGACACGAUGAGCUAUUUAGAAAAUUGUUGGAGGGGCAAAUGGAGGAGCCGCGGAAGAAGGAGUAUUCAGAAGAUUGUUUGUUCUUGAAUGUGUAUGUGCCUGAUGAUUUAAAGGUUGAAGGUUAUCCUACUAUGGUAUGGUUUCAUGGCGGAAAUUUCGUACGGGGGAGCCCAAAUUCAAUCAACCCAUUUCAACUUGUCCUAAAACAAAAGGUUAUAUUUGUCUCUGUGGCUUACCGUCUGAAUAUAUUUGGAUUUUUUUCAACACUUGACAACGAAGCACCCGGUAAUUUUGGCUUAUUAGACCAAGUCGCUGCUUUAAAUUGGGUUAAGAAUAACAUCGAAGGUUUUGGAGGCGACCCUGACAAUGUUUGUAUAUUCGGGCACGACGCAGGGGCUGUGAGCGUGGGUCUUCAUUUGCUCUCUUCAUAUUCAUCAGGGCUCUUUCAAAAAGCAAUUGCUAUGAGUGGAAACGUUCUCUCGCCGGAUACAGUGAAUAUAGCGCGAAAAGAAAUUGUGACAGUUGAUAAAGUUGCAACUGCAUUCAGCUGUUUUAGAAAGCCUACCUACCAACUGCUGGAUUGUCUUAGAAGAGUAAAUUAUCAAGCGCUUUUGGAUAUCGGUGAACCGCUAGCAGAAUGGAAACCUCUCGUCGAUAACGGUUUCAGCAAUAUUUCAGUUCCAUUCCUAACAGAUUUGCCAAGCAAAAUGUUUGAAAAUGAUAUAUUUAGCCCCGUCCCAAUUUUGACUGGCUUCACUAAUAUGGAAGAUGCUCUGUUACUUGAUAAGGAUGGAAACGAAGAUUCAGGUAUAAGUCAAAGGGAAUUCGAUGUUAUGCGCGAAGAAGUAGUUCUUUCAGAUAUCACUGUUGACAAUAGUUCAUGUUUCACAAACCAACAUCAUAUUCAAGAUGCAGUUGCAUUUUUCUAUAAACCUAUUCCACCAACAACGAACGAGACUGUCUUACGAAAACAAUUUCUCGAUUUUUAUACGGAUAAAGUUUAUGGAGCAACGACAUAUCAACUUGCAAAGUAUAUUAGUAAGCACGCUCCUAUUUACUUGUAUCGGUUUGACUUAAAGCCAUUUUCUGAUAUAGCUAAUGAAGGUAUUCCUGAUUGGGUAGCAGUUCCGCACAAUUUUGAUUUGAUUUUUACAUUUGGGAUGCCAUACUUACCACUACCUGAAGACUUGAAUAAAUGGGAUUAUAGAGAUAAGAGCAUAUCAGAUAUAAUAAUGAAAAUGUGGACCAAUUUUGCAUGGUAUUCGAAUCCGACGAACUCUGGAGUAAUCAUACAAUGGAAUCCUUUUGAAGUGGAGAAGCCCGGUUUCUUUAUAAUUGAUAGGAAAAAUUUUACGAUGAGCACACCAGAUACAGUGAAUUACAAAGCGUUUGAGUUUUGGACAGAUUUCUAUCCGAAAGUUGUGGAAAUUGGAACUAAAUGUUGUAAGGAAGCAUUCCUAUCGCAAAUGGUGAUUUUGCUGAUGUCUGCGUAUUUGAUUAACGGUCAACGUCCUUCAUUCGCGGGUUUCCGCCCCAUUGGUUAUCCAGAGUUGCAAAAUAAAACAAAUGAUGAACUUGGAAAUAGAUUCGGUGAUGAUGGAGAACUGCUUCCAUUGCCCAUAGAAGCGAAAGGCGAUAGAGAUCUUGUGAAUAGGAUCAGCAAACUUCCGUUGGACAAACAACCUUUCUGGUACAUCAACUGGAAGGCUUUGGAGGCGAACAGGCAAAACCCACAGAAGUACGACCAGAGGCCUAACGUAUUUAUUGACCAGUCAUCGAAUGCAAACCAGAAUACAAAUUUAAAUAAAGAACAGGGUGUUCAGAGUAAUUUGGAUUCAACAUUUAAUACCGAACAAACUCAAGCGCCAGUCAAUGAUAGAAUUGUUGAGCGAAGACGGAAAUACAGGCAACGUUUUUAAAAUAUAAAAUUCUAACAAAACCAGAUAAAUAUUAAUACUGUAUAAAAAGUUUACUCAGACAUCAUCACACACUAACGUAUGAUACUUAAAAGAUUUUAUGUAAUAUUUCAAUAUAACAAUUCAUAUGUAUUUAUAAUACACGCCAAAUCCGUGUUAAUAAAAAUACAUUUUUUAUACAACAAUAUCGCCUUAUUAUUAUAUAUAUUAUCGCUGUAAAAGUCGAAUUAUUUUGACUUUCCGAAACAACUAAUGAAUUUCAAAUCUCUGGUUAAACAUUGUGUUGCUAAAAGCAUAGUUAAUAAUCCAAUUGCGCUGAGAUUCUCUGAUCUUUUUUAUUUCAAGUAGAAGAUCAUGUCUGAUACAUGUCGUCUUUUGGAUUUGAGACAAAAAUAUCAAGUUUUAAAUGCGCUUGUCGACAUAAUUUCCAUCUGUGCACAGCCAGGGAUCUAACCUAAGACCUCAGGGAUGAGUCGCACGCCAACACUGCUUUGAAGUUGUCAUAAUUUUGUGUAACGGAAAUAAAACAUUGUUAAAGUAAUAAAACACAUUA